GAAUUAUGUCUUUGUAUGCAAUCUACUGAUGAACAGAAAAGAAAAGAGACUUCUUUUCCAGCCAAGAUGAAAGACACACAAGCCACUCAGGAAAUUUCAGCGGUCCUGCAGAGUGAAGUCCAUGAGCAGGAAGAUAAAAUGGAAAAUCAAGCGCAACUUGAAGACACACGUGACGAUCUCCCAAAGACACAGCGAUCUUUAGUACAUUUUUAUCCAACGUCAACGGAUUCAGAUACCACUACACUGCCAUGUUCACAGUCAUUAUCCAAUGAAACACCUCUCAGUUACUAUCUGUCUAGCCCUCAGGUUAGUGGAGUAGCUUUAUCAACAAUUGGACCAAAGCCUCUUAAACCUGCUCUAGUGAACCAUUCCCAAUCAGAAGACAGCUUGGGACUCAACAACUUCAAAAUUCCAAAGAAACACACUAUGCUGGUCCUUGCUUCUCAGCCAGCUGUGAUUGGGGAAGGGGAGGAUUAUUUCCUGUCUUUGUUUGGUGAUUCAAAGAAACUUGUGCACUCAUUCCACACCAAGAAAACUUGGAAGCACUUUUCUAUGAUUCUUGAAGAAGUGGGCCAAUCUAGAUCCAGUGCUCUUGGAGACAUUAAAAUAGCUGAAGUGAAUGUCAAAGGUUUAUGCGUGAAGCUCAUUAACUCUUCCCUUGACAAAGAACUGGAAAUUGGAAAUCAUAUUCUCCAACAAAAUGUGGAUGGACAAACAGUCUCUCUGUACCAGUUCCUUCCCAAUAUCAUAAUGCAGGCCAAUUCCACGGUAACAGUCUGGGCAGCAGCCUCUGAAGCAAAGCACCAGCCACCGUCAGAUUUUCUUUGGAAGGAACAAAACAGAUUUAGGACAAGCCCAAAUUGUACAACAAUCCUGUGCAAACCUAAUGGUGAAGCUGUUGCCUGGUACACUCCUAUUCACUGGAAGCAAGCAUGGGAGAAAUUAGAGACUGACAUUGAAUGUGACAGAUGCUCAGUAGUAAGUCCAACAUCUCAAAGGCACAUGUUUCAUUGGCCAGCAGCUACAACUACAACUAAAGAAAAACAAGAUCAAUCUAAGAAAGAUAUCUCAAAAUAUCAGGUGGAAUGAGUUCGAGCUUCUCUUACAAGAGAAAAAGAAAUCCCACCAACCCUUUUCCCCAAUCGGAGCCCUUGGUGCCACAGUCCCAAUGUCUCUGCACACCCUUACUGUCCCCUGAUUGAUCCUCACAACACCUACAUGACUGAACGCAGCUUAGACAGACAGCCCAGGUCUCAGUCAGCCAAGCCUGAUCCAGCCAGAGAUCAAGGAAAAACAGGACGUCUGAGUUACAAAAGCAAUAGGCAGUCAGUUCAACUUUUAAAGGACAAUAAUAUCCAAGUCUAGAGAACAACACAAGGAUGCCUGACAUGACGCAGCCUGCCUUCCACACAGGAGAGGAAGCCAGCAGCAAGCGAGAACGUGGUUUCUUUUAGAAAAGAUAAUUCCUCAGGACUUUCCUGUAACCAUUUCUUAAAGCAGGAGAGAGAGUUUGUGGACAAGUUAAAACAUUUGUUUUCUAGGCUGUUAGGAAGAAAAACAUUGGUCAAAAGCAAAACCAUCACUGUUUUCAUUUUAUGCACGUGAAGUUUCCCAGUCACUAAUUUCAGUCUUUUAUACCCUGCCCAGCUGUUAGGUCGACAACUUCUGCCGUUUCUGCAGAUGCAUUUUCCAAAAGCACAUGUUUCAGGAAUUCUGAAUCUUGUGGUCUGAUUCUCUACACUUGGAAUCUGUCUCCCGAAAGCAUGCGUUAAUCUGGUUUCCUAGUGGCUGGAAGUAAUAGAUGAAGUUUCUGUGGAGUAACUAGUUGGGAGUUUUUAAACCUGCUUACAUGCAACUCAAAUUCAGCCAAAAUAAUCUCUUCCACCUAGUGAUACUAGGUACAAAAUCCCACAGAUAGGAAAUGCCAAGAGUGUUUUAAUUAAAUAAUCUGAUAGAGCUACUUUUUUUUUUUACAAUUCUCACUUCUUAGUCUUUGGAGAUCUUAUUCUAUACCCAUCAAGAGUAUAGAAGCUGAAAAACUAAUGAACUUGCUCAUUUUUAAUGUUGACCCUCUUUAUAGGCAGAAGGUAUGAUUGCUUCAGUUUCUGAGAACAAAUCCUGUCUAUACCUGGUAGCCCAGCUUAAUUUAAUUUAAUUUCUGUUUAUUUAUAUAACAUAUGCAGGAAGAUGGGGCAUAUACAGUCUUGGAAUGUGA